AUGUCAUUUGGAACAAGUUUUGGCGCGGCCGCGCCAGCAAGUCAGCCGUCAUUUAAUUUUGGCAGUCAAACUACUACAGCAACUCCUGUUAAACCAACAACAACCUCUCAGAGCCUGUUCGGAACUCCAGGCUCAAACUUCGGUUCCGCAGCGCCAACCUUCGGAACUCCCUCAACAAACUUCGGAACAUCAACCUCCGGAACGACAAACACCUUCACAAGUACAGGUUCGACCUUCGGGUUCGGAACUCAGAACUCAACAUCCUUCGGCGCUCCAGUGUCCUCCAGCUUCGGAACGACUUCAACAUUCGGCUCCGGAGUUCCAACCUUCGGAUCAGCCCCGAGUUCCAGCAGCUUCGGGUUCGGGAACUUCGGAAGCAACCCUCCGACCACGAGUUCCAGCUUGUUCGGGGCGUUCCCGAGCACCAGCGCUCCAGCGUUCGGUUCCACGUUCAGUUCCUUCGCAAAACCCGCGACAACUUUCGCAGGGUUUGGAACUCCAGGGUUCGGAGCGACAACAACUACUCAAUCCGGGUUCGGAACCGGAACUGGCUUGUCCUUUGGAACAGGAACUGGAACUCUGGGGUUCGGCCAACAGCCGGCGCCCCAGGCUUCUGCAUCAGAGGCGCUUUACAAUGCGGUUUUCAAUUGCCAGCUGUUUAAUGACGAAAGGGACAAUACAAUUGCCAGGUGGAACCUCAUCCAGGCACUCUGGGGAACCGGCAAGGCUUUCUACGCUGCUGAUAAACCGCCCCUGGAACUCAAUCAGGAGAACCUUCUCUGCAGGUUCAAGGCUAUUGGCUACAGCUGUAUGCCUGUUACUGAGAACAAUGAUGGCCUUGUGGGUCUUUGUUUUAAUAAGAAGGAACAGGAACUCAAAGAUUCUAAGCAGCAAUUGGUCACCUCACUUAGUGCUAUUCUCGGGAACAAGCCGAACUUGACAGUCACUGUUGAUAAUGUCAAAGGAACUGGGGAGAAUAAAACUCAGGUCACCAUCUAUGUUACCGAGAAAGGAGUCACGGGAUCGGUUAGGAAAAUUCCUGCUAAUGAGUUGGUAGGGUUCCUCAGUCAGCCGAUGCAGAAACAGCAGCUUACUAAUAUGGGGAUUGAUAAUAUGUUUGCCCAGGUCAAACUUGACGCAGCUGCCUUGAAAGAGUAUCUAGACAAUCCACCAUCCUCAAUCGACCCUAGGUUAUGGAAGCAAGCCCAAUUGGACAACCCGAAUCCGGAAAGCUACAUUCCAGUUCCAAUGAUCGGGUUCCAGCAAGUCAAGCACAGAUUAAAGUGCCAGGAAGAGGAAACUGCGCGGCACCGCGCGUUCUUGGAUUUAGUCGCCGAGGAGAUCCAGGAACUCCAGAGGGCGCACACCGCGACUCAAGCUAGGCUGAAGGAACACAGGCGCUCGCUCCUGGAACUUCAGCACAGAGUUCUUCAGGUUCUGGUCAAGCAGGAGAUUACCAGGAAGGUCGGACUCAGCUUGCAGCCCGAGGAGGAAGUUUUGACCAAGAGGUUCGAGGCCAUGUAUGCACAAAUUAGCGCACCCACCCAGUUUAAAGGGAGGAUCAGCGAGAUGCUUUCGCAGUUAAGAAUGCGCAGGCAUGUUGAUUUGCAAGGACAGGAACGAUAUAGUAUGGAUCCUAUUGCUCAGGAUGAUAUUAAAGCGUAUCUGAGCUUGGAACAACAAGGAAUGGCCCAAUUGAUUGACACAAUCACCACCGAUCUGGAAUCCCUGAAAGUUAUCAAAGACGGUAUGGCGGAUCUUCUUACCGGCAACACAGCUUAG